GUCGCCAAACAAAAUUCCAGCCCCUUCAGUUCACAUCGGACCCUUCCCCAGUGCGUUGCGUGCGGACAUCUUAUCACGAAAACAGUGUUUUUGAUAAAAAUCGAGUGUUUUAUUCUGUGUUCUGUGAUAAAAAACCGUGCAGUGAUUGAAUACCGCCAACUAUUUUGACAGCCAUGUUUGCAGUUUCCCGCCAAUAGAUAAUAAGCAGCGAUGGCGCCGACCACAAUGUUUCUAACCUAAACGCGUCACAAAACCGUUACAAAAAUUACCGCGAAACACCGCGCCAUUUUGUUCUUGUACGCCAUUUUGUCCAAGAUGGCGUCCAAAAGCGUGAUCCGUUCGUUGUUCGUCGGGAUAGUGGUGUUGUUUGUGGCGAGUGUGAGAGAGAGCUCCGCGCAAUGCCCCUGGGCUUGCACGUGUCAGAGCGAGACAGUUGAUUGCUCUCACCGCGGGCUUUUUCAAGUGCCCAAGCAUCUGCCGGCUGAUGCUGAGCGAAUAGAUCUGCAAGGGAACAACAUAACCAUCAUUUUCCAAAGCGACUUUCAACAUUUGAAAUCGUUGAAAAUACUACAACUAUCAGAGAACCAAAUACACACGAUCGAGAGAGACGCCUUCUUGGAACUCAACAACUUGGAGCGACUGAAACUCAACAAUAAUCGGCUUGGCCACAUUCCAGAUGGUCUGUUUCUGAGGUUGAGACACUUGCAGCGAUUGGACCUGAGUCGCAACGAGCUGACCGCGGUGAGUCGGCGCGCGCUCCGCGGACUGUCGGCUGUGAGGAGCGUGCACCUCGACUCGAAUAAACUACGCUGUGUGGACGAGAAGGCCCUGGAGCAGCUGAAGAGCUUGGAUACUUUGACCCUAAACAACAACAACCUGACCUACUUACAACUGGAGCCCGCUUCCGUAGCCCGUCUCCGCUCGCUGCGUCUCGCCGACAACCCGCUGGUGUGUGACUGUCGCGUGGCCAGGCUGGCAGCCGCUGUCAGGGCUGAUGCUGGACUGAGUCUCACUGCUAGGUGUCAAGCCCCAGCUGCCUUCAAGGGCGCUUUGCUGAGCGACUUAGAGGCUCAUGAGCUUGUUUGCAAUGGUCCAACCACAACUAUCGGCGAGUGUUCAGCCGAGCCGCGCUGCCCCGUGCCGUGUCGCUGCACCACCGAGGGAACAGUCGACUGUCGCGAGAAACUGCUGACGGCUAUGCCACAGCAUAUCCCGCAUAAAGCUACUGAGAUCCGCCUAGAACAGAACGAGAUAACCGAGGUGGGCGCGGGGGCGCUGGCGGGGGUGAAGCGGGUGGCGCGGGUGGACCUGUCCAACAACAAGAUCACUACCAUAGCCAGUGAUGCUUUCACUGGGCUGACGCAUUUGACUUCUUUGGUGCUUUACGGGAACAAGAUCAAGGACCUGCCGUCCGGGAUCUUCCACGGGCUCGCGUCUCUGCAACUAUUGUUACUAAACUCGAACGAGAUCACAUGCAUACGAAAAGACACUUUCAGGGAUCUGAACAACUUGAAACUACUGUCUCUAUACGACAACAACAUUCGACACAUUCCGAACGGGACAUUCGACACUCUCACUGGCAUACAGACACUGCACUUGGGUCGCAACCCGUUCUCGUGCGACUGUUCGCUGCGCUGGCUCGCGGCCUAUCUCCGUAAGAACCCCAUCGAGACUUCGGGGGCCAAGUGUGACUCGCCGAAACGACUGGCGAGGAAACGGAUUGACGCUUUGAGGGAAGAGAACUUCAAGUGCAAAGGCGGCGAGGAGCCCCCCAUGUCGUGUGCGUCGGCCAUCGCCUGCCCCACCGGCUGCACUUGCGAGUCUGCCUCUAGGUAUGUAAAAAUGUCAGUGACGGUGACUUGUGCGCGGGCGCUGCUUCGCGACGUGCCCAGAGAUCUGCCGCAGAACGUCGAAGCUCUGAUAAUGCCGGGCAACAGCCUCGGUCAGAUCAAGUCGGACGGUCUGUUCGGCCGCCUGCCCGACCUCACCAAGCUGGACCUGCGAGACAACGGCAUCACAGUCAUAGAGGACAACGCGUUCGACGGCGCGGCCAGCAUCCAGGAGCUGCUGCUGGACGGCAACCAGCUGCGAACACUCGGGGACAGGAUGUUAUUGGGACUGCAUAGCCUGGCUACACUAUCGUUGAGCAACAACAAGAUCACGUGCAUCACGCCGGGGGCCUUCGACCACCUCUCCCUGCUUACUAAGAUUAACCUAGAGUCCAACCCGCUCCACUGCUCGUGCCACCUGUCCUGGCUGCCGGCGUGGCUGCGCGGCCGGGAGGCGCGCGCCGCCUGCGCCUCGCCCGAGGCUGUGGCGCGCGCGGCGUUGCAGGAUCUUAGCACACAGGACUUUAAGUGCACAGCGGAAGACAGGGGCUGCCUGCCCGCGGAGGCGUGCCCGACCAACUGCACGUGCGCCGGCGCGGUCAUACGCUGCGCCCGCGCCGGCCUGCGCGCGCUGCCGAGCAACAUACCGAGAUAUACUACUGAACUCUACCUAGAAUCCAACGACAUCACCCACAUCUCGCCGUCCCAGCUCCGCCACCUGACCCAGCUGACCCGGCUCGACUUGUCCAACAACCGGGUGACGGUGCUCGCUAAUGGAACCUUCGAGGGGCUGAGCAAGCUGUCCACGCUAAUCGUGAGCUAUAAUCAGCUCACUUGUGUGCAGCGCGACGCCCUGAAAGGCCUGCGUCAACUGCGAGUCCUGUCCCUCCACGGCAACAACAUCUCCAUGCUGCAGGAGGGGGUCUUCCGAGACUUGGAGUCCAUCUCGCAUGUCGCUCUCGGCUCCAACCCACUCUACUGCGACUGUUCCCUCCGCUGGCUGUCGCUGUGGGCGCGCGAGGCGGGCGAGUACGUGGAGCCGGGCACCGCCCGCUGCGCCGCGCCGCCGCCCAUGCAGCACAAGCUCAUACUGAGCACGCACGCCGACGCUUAUACUUGCACUGGCAAACCGCCGCCAGACGUCCUCUCCAAAUGCGACCGCUGCGUGACGUCACCAUGCCAGCACGGGGGCACGUGUCGAGCUCAUGCAGAGACAUUUACUUGCGAAUGCGAGCGUGGUUACCAUGGCAACGUGUGUCAACACCAGAUUGAUGCUUGCUACGGCAGUCCGUGCGAACAUGGCACUUGUAUGUUACUGGAGGAGGGACGGUUUAACUGCACCUGCCAACCCGGCUACACGGGGCUCCGGUGCGAGACCAACAUCGACGACUGCGCCGCUCACGCCUGCCAGAACAACGCGACCUGUCUCGACCUGCCGCAGGGGUACCGGUGUCUGUGCGCGCCAGGGUUCACGGGAGAAUUCUGCGAGACCAAGAUCCCGUUCUGCACCCCCGCAUUCUACCCGUGCGCCAACGGGGCGGUCUGCACCGACCACUACAGCCACUACACCUGCACCUGCCCUAAAGGAUACUCCGGGGAGAACUGCACGGUCAACGCCGACGACUGUGUAAACCAUAUGUGUCAGAACGGCGCCCGUUGCGUGGACGGCCUCGACGAGUACACCUGCUCGUGCCCACCGGGACACGCCGGCCGCUACUGCGAGGCGGCUCCCCACGCCGCGUUGGGGACGUCGCCUUGUGCGCAGCAUGAAUGUGUGCAUGGGGUGUGCUAUCUGCCGCAGAGGAAACUGGAGGCGCAAGACGACAUAAUGCUGGAGCGGCCGCGGCUGCUCGCCGCCAACGACUACCUGUGCAAGUGCGCGCCCGGCUACUCCGGUCGUUUCUGCGAGUACCUGACGUCGCUCACGUUCAACCACAACGACUCGCUGGUGGAGCUCGAGCCGCUGCGGACCAAGCCCGAGGCCAAUGUCACACUAGUAUUCAGCACCACCCAAAAGCACGGCAUCCUGAUGUACUUCGGGGACGCGGAGCACCUCGCCGUGGAGCUGUUCAACGGACGCGUCCGGAUCAGCUACGACGUGGGGAACCACCCCACCUCCACUAUGUAUAGUUUCGAGAUGGUAUCGGACGGAGCGUACCACAAGGCGGAGCUGCUGGCUGUCAAGAAGAACUUCACACUGAGGGUGGACGACGGGCCCGCCAGGUCCAUCAUCAACGAGGGCCCCAAGGAGUUCCUUCGCCUGGAGCGCCCGAUGUACAUCGGCGGCGCACCGCUAGACGUCGCCACCAACGCCUUCAACAAGUGGCAUCUGCGGAACAUCACCAGCUUCAAAGGCUGCCUAAAAGAGGCAUGGAUCAACCACAAGCGAGUGGACUUUUUGAACGCCGCACGCGCGCCGCGCACCGCGCCCGGCUGCGGGGACGACGAGCCCCCCGCGCCGCCCCCCGCGCGCCCGCUUCAAGAUGAUAAACACGCUCCGGACCCAUGCGUACCCAACCCGUGCGCGCGCGGCGGCCGCUGCGUCCGUGAGGACGGCUCCUCUUCAGACUACACGUGCAAGUGUCAACCAGGGACUAGGGGAGCGCAGUGCGAACUGCUGGCUAGCAUCGGUGGUGCUGCGGUGAUCCCGUUCGCGCGCCCCUCCCCCCCGAGCAAGCAGGACGACUACCCGCAGACCCCGGCCAACAAGAACGCUUGCAGAAAGGAAGCAACCCGCGAAUACAUAACCGAAGGCGCGUGUCGCUCGCGGCGCCCCGUGCGCGCAGCCCGCUGCGCCGGCGGCAAGGCGGCCUGCGGGAGCCAGCAGUGCUGCGCGCCCAGGAACACUAAGAAGAGGAAGGUCCGCCUCCUGUGUCCAGACGGCACCCGCUACACUAAAGACAUCGAGAUAGUGCGCAAAUGCGCGUGUAGACGCAAAUGCAAACGCGCAUCCCCCUUCCCGUAAGGAGUUUAGAAGCGGAAAAGAUUUUUCUCACCCUUGCAGUAAGGGGAGUGAAGGGGUUCCGAAUUUUGAAGUUAUUUUUCACACGUACCUACAGUAGAAACCAUUUUUUAAGCAUACGACGUAGAUAAAAUAUGAUUGCGUAAAGACGAAUAAGACUAUUUUCCGUGUAGCUGUCUCUAAUGCCAUCUAUCGUUAGUAAUUUGUCUACUAACGCCAUCUAUGGAGCGGCAGUGGAACUUCGUUCAUAAGACGAACGUAGAAAUGUUUCAUAUAUGAAAAAGCCAAGACAACAACAGUCGCAAAAAUAGUUUUUUUUUAACAUACCAUUGAACAAAUUAGUUAUGUUGUACCUCUCUUUAUAAGUUUAGUUUUGUAGGUGGAGUCUUGAAGAAAAAAUUAAUAUUCAUAAUACAUAAUGCCCCAUAUAGAUAAUAUUGGCAAAUAAUUAAAUUUAAGUUUAAAAGUUUUAAUAUUAUUACUUAAACUAUACCUCACUUAUAAAAUAUGGCUUGUUGUAUAACCAAAUUUAAUGUAAAAUUUAUAAAAUAUCAAUUUAGAAAAAGCAGUGCCAUUUGAUAUAAUACCUAAUAGCAAAACCAAAAUUCUACCACCAUUAUAGAAAUGGUAGUUUCUUUAUAUAAAACUAUGGUAGUCUUAUACAAAUUUUAGACUGGUAAUACAUAAAAAACAGGGCUUUAGAUCAUCGAUACAACAUGUAGAGACAAUAAUUUACAACAAAAAAAAAUACCUGGUUUUUGACAUCAUUUGAUAGUUGUAGGUCCCAUAAUUUAGGUUUAUUUCCACCAUCACAAAAAUAUUACGAGUAUUUUAUGGUAUUUACAUACCAGAUAAUAAGAAUUCUGACAUGGAAAAGGCAAAAAUCAUUUACUAGACUGAGAAAACCACGAGUUUAAGAAAUAUGUGCCUAAAAACCAGCUUAUUUACAUAAUUAUGGCCUAAUAUUCUAGAUUUGUACCAUAACAUACCUACAUAGAAUUAGAAAAAUAAAUUUGUAUAAAAUUCCACUACAUAGCCCUUUUAUGGGUAUUUUUGUCUUUGCCCUUCUAACUAAAUACUGCUGUUUUUAGGCCAAAUGACGUUUGGCAAAAAUAAUAUUCUUGUGUUCAAUACAAAUUUAUGUAUAAUUAUUAGGUACCUAAAGUAUAUUUAUUUUUAGUUAAUUGUUUAUUACAAUUUAGGCGAUGCUAAUAUUAUGAAAUCCAAAAUGUGUGAGUUUGCCUAACUUUUGUAGAUAAGAUUAAGUUAAAAACAUUUACUUGCCAGCUCUCUUAAUCUAAGUUUAAUUUAAGUUGUGUUGCCAUGUAUGAAAUGUCAAAUCUAGACUGACAUUUUGUGUAUAAUAUUUUUUUACGUAUUUAUUGAGAUUUUGUUGGCUAUUAUUUAAUAGCUAAGAAGUAUUAUAUUGUAAAUUGUAUUUUAGGCAUUUUAGAUCUAACUGUAUCUUUAAUCAUCUUUAGAGGCAAAUUAAAUUAAGUGUUUUUAGAUAUCCCACUUAAAAUUUAUACCUACCUACUUUAUACUGAAAAUGCAUUCCUUCUCAACUUUGUACCUAAUAUUUAUUUCUGCCAUUUGGCAACUAGAGUUUUCUACCAUAACUAAGUUAGAUUUUGGUUGUUUCUACUGAUUUUGAAUAUAUAAAGUUUAAGUGAUUCUGGACAACGCAUUUACCGACCUAACGCAUAUAAUAUCAGUAUUAACUAAUGAGGGUUCUACCAAGCUCUUUCUAUCCCAGUAUCGCCAUGGUAAAAAAAACUUGGUAGAAAAUUAUUAAAAUAUUUUAGAUGUAAUGAGAUGAUCAAUGUCUAUUAGCUCUAAGUUAUGAUUUCCUGCCGAGGUUUUUGCAAAAAAUAUUAAAACCUACAUUUUACUCUAAAAAUAUGAUUGUUUAAUACUUAACAGUAUGUAUUUGAUACUCUAUAAAACACCAUCGGAUUUUAAAAAUAACGUUCAAAUACUAAUAUUUUUUGCAAAUACUCUUAUGGGAAUUAUAAUAUCAUGUUUUGCUUAAGCAAGGAUGUUCGAGUGAGUAAAAAGGCUUUUGAGAAAAAUGUGAAGCGCUUUCUUAUAAUUAUUGUGUUUAAUAAUAAUAAUUAUUGACUAUAAACUUUAUAAUUUAUUGAUGUAAUAAAGAAAGAUGUUAGAUAA